AUGGCUGCGCCAGUGGGGAUAUUACGAAAUACUAACCAGACGCAACAGGGUAAACCAUCUACAUUAGUUGCUCCUUUUUCCGAUAAUUCAGAUUCGGAACAAGAGGGAAUCAAUAGUACUGAUUAUGGCCAAGAGUAUGAAACUGAGCCUGAAGGUGACUUGAAUACCGAAGAAGCACAAGAAACUAUGCAACAUGAAACUUUAAUAAAGUCUGGAUACCUUGCUAAAAAACAAGAAAGACGGAAAAUCUAUCAAUACUUAGAAUUGGAAACGGAGAUGGUUUGUCUUAAGGUCAACAAAGAAUAUGAACUUUUGCGAAUUUUGGAUUUGAAUGAUAUUCAUGCGGUUGCUGAGGUGAAGCUGAAAAAUAGGACCAACGUGUUUGGUAUUGUUACACCAAAGCGUACAUAUUAUGUACAAGCGGGAAGUAAACGAGAGCUUGAUGAAUGGGUGGAUGCAAUAAAUAAGGUCAAGAAGGAAGUUCAAGAUCAAGAAAAUGAGCUUUUUGAUGAUGAAGGAAGUCAAGCGGACGCUGAAGAUAUGGCCACAAAAGAAAAAAAAACCAAGCGCCUUACUGUUCAAUUAAAAUCUAAACCUUCAGUGCAAGCUUUGGAUAAACAAUCGACUAAAACCUCCGUAAACGAAACAUCUGCUAUUGAUAUUCCAAAUUCACAAGUUAAAUCAACAGAAUAUGGUGAAGCUGGAAAUUCAUAUGUAUCGGUUUCAUCUCACACGUCCGGGGGUUCCAUUCCUAAUAUGUCAUCGUUACCGUCAAGUCCGGUAGCUGCACAUUUUUCAGCAGAAAGAAAGGAUAGUAGUGAUCCUACUGCUAGUUCUGAAGAAGAGGAGGGAGACUUUGCUGAUGUGACGGGAGAGGAUACCACUGAUGAUACUUAUUACAAAGACCCUAAGGAUAAUCGUCCUCAUUUGAAUAUUAAUCUUUCGGAUAUUUUAGAUGCUAUCGAAACUGAUUCUUCCUUCAAAUCAAAAGAAAAUUGUUUCAAGAUAAUUACUCCUAAGCGAACAUAUAUUUGUUGUGCUCUUAAUGAAAAAUCUCUAGUCACAUGGCUAGCUGCUCUACAG